AUGUCUGCCAUGACCGAGUCCCGCCAGCAAGUCUACGUCUCCGGAGACGGCUUCUCAGAGCCCAUGAGUGCUCAACACAACUUUGCCAACAACUUUGACCUCAACGACCCUGAGCGAGCCAUGUCCGACUACCAAAGGAUCAUGCACGAGCACACCAAGCGCCAGCUUAGCACUGCUACAGACUCGGCACGCCGACGAAGCGGCGCUUCAUCAUCCGACUCAGUCAGCUCCACCAGCUCAUAA